GCUAUUGGUGGACUCAAACAGGAUAUUUUUUUGCACGUCUUAGCGCGGGUCUGUCGAAAACGCUGGAAUGAAUUUCUGUGUCGGCAGCAUUUCAGCUAAUCGUUACAAGAGUUUCCCUACUUGGAAAUAAUCAGUCGACAUAAACCAUAUCUACAGAGCGACUACAUGUCCACCGCCUUCCCCAGGAUUUAGAUGUGCACAAGUUAAGUGAACGACAUGGACACCUACGGUCAGCGGUUCGAAGCCACAGCGGGACGGGACGGUAAAUCUCAUAAGAAGAAGCCUUCCGCCUCCCACCUUGGGACGCCAUGCUCCGAAGACGGAGACCGCAAGCCCAAGUUUCACCUACCAUUUAGAAAUCUCACUGAUGACAUGCUGGACAGAUUUGCAAGCAUUCGGAUCCCGGGUAGCAAAAAGGAGCGGCUGGCCAUACCUCAUUCUAAAUACAGUACCAGCGAUUGGUCUGUAUUUUCGUCAUCCAACUCCCAAUUUGAGGAACUUUCAUCGAAGAUCACUUCAGAAAAGGAAAUAUUGGCAUUGUUUGAAAAGAUGAUGGAGGACAUGAACUUGAAUGAAGACAAAAAGACUCCCUUGAGAGACAAGGACUUGAAUACAAAGAGAGAAAUGGUCAUCCAGUAUGUUUGUACUGCAUCAAAAGCGGGUAGCCUGAAAAGCAGCUCUCAGAUAUCUCCUCAGGAAUUCCUGGGAGAACUGAAGUCAGGGGUGAUGGAAGAACGCCUGUUUGCUUGCCUGGACUCACUGCGUGUCUCACUCACGAGCAAUCCUGUCAGCUGGGUACAGAACUUUGGUCACGAGGGCCUUGGACUGUUACUUGACAUUUUGGAGAGAUUGCUGGCCAAGAAACAGCAGGAGAGGAUCGACAAAAAGAACCAACAUAAGGUUAUCCAGUGUCUAAAAGCCUUCAUGAACAACAAGUAUGGCUUGGAUCGAAUACUCGGGGAGGAGAGAAGUCUUGCGUUACUGGCAAGAGCAAUUGACCCCACCCAAUCCGCGAUGAUGACCGAUGCGGUCAAGCUGCUUUCGGCCAUCUGCAUCGUCGGCGAAGACAACACUUUGGAGAAGGUCCUGGAAGCCAUAACCACCGCCGGGGAAUGGAGAGCCAUCGAGAGAUUUAAUCCUAUCGUGCAAGGGCUACGGGAUCGCUCGGUGCAGCUGCAAGUGGCGUGCAUGCAGCUAAUCAAUGCGCUCGUAACAUCACCUGAUGAUCUGGACUUGCGGCUGCACAUCAGGAAUGAAUUUAUUCGGUGUGGCCUGAAAACCAUUUUACCACAACUGUCAUCUUUGAGGAAUGAUGCACUUGACAUUCAGCUCAAGGUAUUUGAGGAGCACAGAGAAGAGGACAUGAUGGAAUUCUCUCAUAGGCUGGAGGACAUCAAAAGCGAGCUGGAUGAUGCAGGGGACGUGUUCAAUAUUUUGCUGAGUAUGGUGAAGGACAGCAGUGCAGAAAACUAUUUCAUCUCCAUACUGCAGCAUUUGGUCCUCAUUCGCAAUGACUACUUUGUCAGGUCUCAGUACUUCAAGAUCAUUGAGGAGUGCGUGUCUCAAAUUGUGCUGCACCGUAGUGGAACGGAUCCAGACUUCAGUUAUCGGAAACGUCUCGACGUGGAUUUCAGCCAUCUCAUCGAGGUUUGUGUCGAUAAGUCUCGAUUUGAGGAGUAUGAGCAAAGAGCUUCAGAACUGGCAGAAAAGCUUGAUGAAGAGUUUGUAAAGCGACAAGAGGCCCAAGCUCAGCUGGUAAAGGGUGAAGAAAAGAUAGCCGAGCUUCAAGCCGAGUUGCAGGCCUUCAAGUCCCAGAAUGGAGUUGUACCAGCGGUUGUGUCAUCUGGCGGCGGCGCGCAGGAGUUGUCUCGUUCUUCUUCGGUACCUUGUGGGGUUUCACCCUGUAACCCGGCAUCGAGGUUGCCAGUUCCUCCUCCUCCUCCUCCGCCACCGCCUCCUCCGUUACCCGGUUGCCCGGCACCCCCUCCUCCACCCGGAGCGCCUCCUCCAUUCGGUGCGCCUCCUCUACCCCCACUCGGAUUUGGAUGCGGUUCAGGCUUUUCCGCUUGCCUUGUGCUGCCUUAUGGCCUCAAGCCUAAGAAGGAAUUCAAGCCUGAGAAUUCCACCAAGCGCCUGAAUUGGUCCAAGAUUAAUCCCCAGGAAAUGUCAGAAUGCUGUUUCUGGGUGCUCGCCAAUGAUGACCAAUACGCCAAGCCUGAUUUGCUCAGCAGAGUUGCUCUCACUUUCGGUUCACAAAGAGCGGCCAAAAGAGAGGAGGAGGAUCUGGAUGAUAAAAAAUCCAUUAAGAAGCGAAUUAAAGAGCUGAAGGUGCUUGAUCCCAAGAUUGCGCAGAAUCUGUCCAUUUUCCUGGGUUCUUUCCGCAUGCCUUACAACGAAAUUCGUCAGAUGAUAUUGGAGGUGGACGAAGAACAGCUCAGUGAACCAAUGAUUCAGAACCUUGUGAAGCACUUGCCUGAGCAGGAGCAGCUGAAUGCUUUGGCCAAGUACAAGAAUGAUUAUCCAAAUUUGUCAGAGCCGGAGCAGUUCGGGGUUGUAAUGAGCGGCGUGAAGCGACUGCGCCCACGACUCAACCAUAUCCUCUUCCGACUGCAGUUUGACGAGCAGGUCAACAACCUGCGUCCAGAUAUUCUGGCUGUAAACGCCGCCUGCGAUGAAGUCAAGACGAGCCGCUCCUUUGGCCGCUUGCUGGAACUUGUGCUGCUGCUGGGCAACUACCUGAACGCGGGUUCCCGUAAUGCCCAAUCGUUCGGCUUUGACCUCAGUUCCCUGUGCAAGCUGAAGGAUACUAAGUCAAAUGACCAGACGACCACGUUGCUCCAUUUCCUGGCCCAAAUAUGUGAAGAGGAAUUUCCAGAUGUGAUCAAAUUUGUUGAGGACCUUCAACAUGUGGACCGAGCAAGCAGGGUGUCUGCAGAGAAUUUGGAAAAGAGCCUCAGGCAGAUGGAGAGGCAGCUGUUGCAGCUGGAGAGAGACCUUGAGACUUUCUCGUCCCCUGAUGACCCCAGUGACAUGUUUGUCAAUAAAAUGGCAAGCUUCAGCAAGGUGGCACGUGAGCAGUAUGGCAAGCUUGUGACCAUGCACAGCAGCAUGGAAACGCUUUACCUGAAUCUUUUGGAGUAUUUUGCUGUCGAUCCAAAGAAAACAUCGGUGGAGGAGCUCUUCACUGACCUCAGCAACUUCCGGACCAUGUUCACACAAGCACUCAAAGACAACAUGAAGCGUAAAGAGUCUGAGGAGAAACAGAGGAGAGCACAGGCAGCAAAGGAAAAGGCUGAGCGUGAAAAGCAAGAGAGACAGCAGAAGAAGAGCGCCUUGCUUGAACUCAACGCAGAGAAUGAUGAGACGGGUGUGAUGGAUAGCUUGCUGGAAGCCCUGCAAUCGGGAGCUGCAUUCAGAGACCGCAGGAAGCGAGCUCCGAGACCCAGAGACAACCAGAAGCAGACCAUCAGUCCCAGCUCCUACCGUCAGGUUCUAAAGCCCGUUAAUUACGAAAACAAGAAGGCAACUUUACCUCAGUCUCGCUCUCGGCUAAAUGUAAACGCCGGUUCUGCGGCGGUCAAGGCUUCGCCGCCCACGGAAUCUGACAGCAAAGCGGCUUCGGCGGCACCGGCCAAAGCUGCCUUGUUUUCAGAUGGAGGACACAGGUACAGGAACACCCCAGGCCACGCUCAUGUGUCACAAGGUGAAAGAGUGCCAUUGAGGGAAGACUCAAAAGCGACAGAGAUCAAGAAAGGGGAUGAAGGGGAGCCCCCGGCCUCUCAGACGCGGUCCACGGGCGCCGUGCUCCCGAGCGCCAGCGGGGAGUCUGAUGUGGAAGCUCUGUUAGCAAAACUCAGGGCCUUGUAGCAGUCAUGCCCUCCAACCCAAAUUCCGUCCACCGCAUGACUGUUUGCCAUCUCAAAGAAUCGAGUCUUGCACGAAGCGACGCAGAAUUAGACGGAUUCGAUCUGGACCAAAUUUGCAUACGUGGUUGAAAGUCGAUCAAAAUGACACAAGUAGGCCACAAUUACACUUUGCUUGAGAAAAUGGAUUCAAGGGGAAAUUGAUACCGUGUUGAUAUUAAAGCGUGAAAUCUGACCUUUAAUGCUGCAGUGUCCAAAAAAAAAAUAUUCGUUUC